AUGACGCAACAGUCCCAAGAAAUGACCCUCCACCUGGUGGGAUUGGGUGUCACCCACUCCAUCGCUUAUAGCAUGCACAACUAUAUUGCAAAAUCUCUCGGUCUCCCCUGGACAUUUUACUCAACAGAAUGUCCCACAGUUGACGAUCUCCUCAAGGUCGCCAAGGCACCCACCACAGCGGGGUUAGUGGUGACCAUGCCAUACAAGAACUCGAUCAUGAAACAUGUUGACGAGCUGGAUGAACUGUGUUCCAUGAUUGGAGCUUGCAAUAAUGUGUAUUACAAGAGCGGUACUACGCGACUCAUGUGUGGUACCAACACAGACUGGCGCGGGAUCAAGGGUUGCCUUUUGGAAAAAGGCAAUGAGAACGAGAGGCCCUCGGCGAAUUCACCUGCCACGGCCUUGAUUGUGGGAGCUGGAGGUGCCAGUCGCGCAGCUGUCUAUGCACUGUCUAUGCACUUGCAUUGCCCGACGAUUUACGUCUUGAACCGCGACGGCCAGGAAGUUGCCGACCUCAUCCACGACGCGCAAAAGCUGGCCAGGGUCCCGACGAUCAUCCAUGUGAAAACGAUCGAGCAGGGAAGGAAGCUGCCCAGUCCUUACUACAUCGUUGGAACAGUGCCAGAUGUUGAGCCGCAGACCGAGACCGAAAUCACAGUGGCUACUGUCCUUGCGUCAUUCCUGUCGCGGCCGGAUAAGGGUGUUCUGUUGGACAUGUGUUUCAAGCCGCGGAGGACAAGGAUGAUCAAACAGGGUGAAAAGCUGGGAUGGCCUUGUGUGGAGGGGACCCAUAUUAUUGGGUACCAGAUUGAGGAGCAAUGGCGUUUAUGGGCUGGAGAGGAAUAUGCCCUGAAACUGGACCGGGAGGGUGCAUGGGAUGUCUUGCUCAAGGCAGCCGAAGAGAGCAAAGGAAUUAAUUUUUAG